AUGGCUAGAACCAGUCAGACCGCCCGCAAGAGCACCCGUGGACUGCCUCAUCCUAUCCAACAUCCUCAGGAGGUGCCCGAUCAGGAGGAGCCCAAACAGCCAGAAGACUUCCCCAAGUUUGUGGAGGUCGAUGACGAUGAAGACGGCUACUACGGCUACUACGGAGGAGGCUGGGUGGACACUAACACUGAGGAGAAAUCCAUGGAGCUGCCUGAGGACCACCCAGAUGCUGCAGGCGACAGCGAUGAGGAUGCUGCAGGAGGAGACGAGUCUGAUGGGGAUUUUGAUGGGGACAUUGACACUAAGGAGAAACCCAUGGAGCUGCCUGAGGACCACCCAGACGCUGCAGGCGACAGCGAUGAGGACCUCAAAUGUUUGGAAAAUGACGACAAUCCAGGUGCCGCAAGAGGAGAUGAUGCAGAAGAUGGUGAUGAUGACCCAGCUGCACCCGAUGGUGGUGAUGAGGACCUAGAUGAUGAUCUAGAGCCAAGCAGAGAUCCAGGAGGCAAGAGGAAGCUGAGAAAGAUGCUCAGAGAGAAGGCGAUUCUAGAAGCUCAGCUGAGGGGAGAUCAGGAGUUACCCUCGGAGUACGACAGCGACGAGUCCAUCGACUACCUGCCAGAGUCACCUCCCCGCAAGCGCGUCCACUACGGAGAGCCCGGCUACUACACCCGCUACCGUUAG